AUGGAAGUGACUACUUCAUGGGACGCUUUACGCAAGCAGGCGAGGAAACUUGAAGCUCAGCUGGAUGAGCAGAUGAACUCAUUUCGUAAACUGGCAUCAUCAAAGGGUUCUGCAAUAGUUGAUUCUGCCGAGAAUGAUCUUGAAUCUGGGAUAGACAGAUUAUUAAAACAGCUCCAACAAGUAAAUUCACAGAUGCAAGCAUGGGUAUCAUCUGGAGGAUCAGAAAUGGUUUCUCACACCUUGACUCGGCAUCAGGAAAUUCUUCAAGAUCUUACUCAGGAGUUUCAUCGUCUCCGUUCUGGCAUGAAAGCUAAGCAGGAACAUGCUCUGCUUCUGGAGGAUUUUAGGGAGUUUGAUCGAACAAGAUUAGAUUUGGAAGAUGGUGUUGGUUCUGCAGAUCAAGCUCUUCUUAGAGAGCAUGCAUCCAUUAGCCGAAAUACUGGUCAGAUGGAUAAUGUGAUUUCACAAGCUCAAGCAACUCUUGGUGUGCUUGUGCUUCAACGUUCAACUUUUGGAGGAAUUAAUUCAAAGCUGAGUAAUGUUAGCAGCCGCCUCCCAACGGUAAAUCAAAUUCUGUCAGCAAUAAAGAGGAGAAAGUCAAUGGAUACGAUCAUACUUUCGCUGGUUGCAUCCAUAUGCACUUUCCUUAUUUUUAUUUACUGGUUGGCCAAGUAA